CUUUGUGUUUGAUACCUAAAGCAGUCUCAUCAUCAAAUAAAGCUUGGGUCAAAGAUCGUCAUGUGUGGGAAGACAUCCAUUUUGAGGCUCCUGCUACUCUUGGUGGCAUUUUUAGGCUUCAUAUCUGGUUCAAAAUCGCAAACAACGGUUUUCGAUAUUCCUGAAGAUUCUUCAGGAAUUCCUCUCGCAAAUGAGGAAGAACUUUCGAACCAGAAUGAGUCUGGCCUUCUUUUGUCCAACGAUCCUCGUCACGUAGCAUUUUACCUCUACCCCAAUCCAGACAAUAUUACGGACAAUGAUGUCAUAAUGAUUGGCAAUUCAGAAUCCUUAUCUACUUCUCGAUACGACGCUGCAAAACCUGCAUUGUUUAUAAUACAUGGAUUUUUGAACAACUAUACAACACGGUACUCCCAAACAGUAAAAAACGAAUUUCUGAAGCAAGGUUUCUCAAAGACUCUUAACAUUUUGGUUGUUGAUUGGGGAAAGUUAGCAACUCCAGCGAAUCUCACGGCGUGGCUAUCACAAAUUCAUGAUCCAUUGAAAGAUCUCUAUUACAGGGCUAGCGUUAAUAACGUUCCAAAAGUUGGAAAGGUCGUAUCUGAAUUUAUUUCCUUUCUGAUAUCUGAACAACGCUUAGAGUCUCCUGCAAACGUUACUUUGCUCGGCUUCAGCUUGGGAGCUCAAAUUUCUGGAUAUGCUGGGAAGUUUGUGAAACAAAACAACACAAUUCUAAUUGGAAGAAUCACAGGACUUGACCCAGCUGGCCCCCUUUACCAAUCUGCUCCUGCUAAUGAAAAAUUGAAUGCAAACGAUGGAACAUUUGUUGAUAUCGUUCAUUCCAAUCAAGGUCAAGACGGGUAUUUUGGGAAUACAGGAACGGCAGAUUUUUAUCCAAAUGGGGGUGGACCAAAUCAAUCAGACUGUUUGGACAUUGGAGUUGAACUAGUCCCCAACACAAUUUCAGGCACCUGUGCACAUAAUCGAGCUUGGAUUUAUUAUCUCGCUGGUCUCUCAAAAAACAUUACGGCAUGUGCUUGCAUUUCACAAGCUGAUCCUAUUAUUUGCAGAAUGUUUUGCAAAAAUAAGGUCAGGUUCGGAUUCCAUUGUCCCCCAACGGCUAGUGGAGGCUACUACUUUGACAUAUAUGCAAAAGACCCAUGAAUAAAUGCUUAUAAAGUUUAAAUUUCAAAUUUGUAAUGGUAAUUUAUAAAGAAGAUCUAAUAAAUAUUAUUAGUUGGACGGAAUAAAUA